UUUGCUAUAUUGGUAGCAGCAGUCCGUGCUGGUCUUGGAGGACACGGAGGUGCAGCAGGCUGAAGAGCAGCCAUUCGGAUGGGCAACGUACCCACCACAGUGAAACACUGCCUGAGCUAUGAGCAACUCAUCCAGGACUACCCGUGGCUGAAACGCUGGCUGCUGGAGGAGAAGACUAUUACUGGACAUGAGUAUCCAGAGUUUGUUAAAAUAGUUGAAGUUGGACCGAGAGAUGGACUUCAAAAUGAAAAGGAAAUUGUUCCGACAGAGGUGAAAAUCCAGCUGAUAGACAUGCUUUCAGGAACAGGCCUGCCUGUGAUCGAGGCCACCAGCUUUGUCUCUUCAAAGUGGGUACCGCAGAUGGCAGACCACACUGAUGUCCUCCGAGGAAUCCAGAGAGAACCUCAUGUUCGGUACCCUGUUUUGACACCUAACAUGCAAGGCUUUCAGAAUGCUGUUGCAGCUGGUGCUACUGAAGUGGCGGUGUUUGGGUCAGCGUCUGAAACCUUCAGUAAAAAAAAUAUUAACUGCUCUAUUGAUGAAAGCAUGCUACGGUUUGAGGAAGUCAUUAAAGCUGCCAAAGAGCGACACAUUCCAGUCCGUGGAUAUGUUUCGUGUGCCCUUGGUUGCCCCCACGAGGGACACAUUGAACCUUCCAAAGUCUCCCAGGUGGCAAAGAGGUUGUAUGAAAUGGGAUGCUACGAGAUUUCAUUGGGGGACACCAUCGGCAUUGGUACACCAGGUUCCAUGUUUAAGAUGCUGCAGAGUAUGAUGAGCGAAGUGCCGACCAGCGCUCUGGCAGUUCACUGCCAUGACACGUACGGACAAGCGCUGCCCAACAUCCUGACUGCACUUCAGAUGGGGGUCUGUGUGGUGGAUUCUGCGGUAGCCGGCCUGGGAGGCUGCCCAUACGCUCAGGGGUCAUCGGGCAAUGUUUCCACAGAGGAUGUGCUCUACAUGCUUCAUGGCAUGGGCAUUGAAACUGGUGUGAACCUUACCAAAGUUAUAGAGGCUGGAGACUUCAUCUGCAAUGCUUUAGGUCGCGAGAGCAGCUCCAGGGUUGCCCAGGCAAGAGGCAGAACACUGCGAUGUGUUUCCUGAAAGGAAAGUAGUUAGAUGUUUGACCCCCGUUCAAGUGCUUCCCUUGUUGUUGCUGCCUUCAGAUGCUGCCUAUGCUUUUGAAGUUGAAGUACAUUGAUCCUCGUAUUAAUCUCAAGAAAGAUCUAAACAACUUUGUAUUUUGUGUUCCCAAAUCCGCCCUUUUAAGUUCAGUUCCCUUCCUUUCUAUUUUCACAUUUUUUGUUUAGUACUUGAAGGCUGGAUUACUCAAGGGACCAUUCUGAUCAACUGAAUUGUCCAGUUUUUUGUGUGAUAUUUAAUUUGGCUUAUGUUUUUCUCUGUAUGGUUGGAUACUCUAAAAGCUAGAAGAAUAUUUAUUAUGAUGCUUUUCUUGCAAAGCUUUAUUAUUAGUUUCUAUUUCGAAACUUUAUGAUAUUGUUUUGACUCGGACAAAUAAACCCAGUUGGUCAGUCACUUUACUUACUUUGUGUAGCUCAGUGGCCCUAAAGUAAUGCCAUAAUAUGAAUUUAGUCUAUUUUGACAACUCGCUUUUGAACUCUGUUAAUAAACAGAGAAGACUAACAGCAAACAGAAAAAAUGUUCUUCCUCUUUGUGAAAAAUGCAUAUCUCUUUAUGCACUUUACUCCUCUGAAACAUCUUUUUAGCUCUUCCUUCCAUGAUCAGAUCCCGUAUGAAUAGCAAAAAAAAAAAAAAGACACCUUUCAGACUACCACAAAAAGAACUAUUAAAGCCGUCUCAGAACAGUGUUUGCCCUCAGGUUUGCCAAAGAUCAUUUGAAAAGCUUUUAUCAUUCCAUAAGCUUCUCUCCAGGUGGAUCCUUUGUGUGAGUCUGUUUAUAUCUUAUAGAUCAUGUUUGAUCAUGUUUUACAGAAAGCAUUCGGUAAAACAUGAUCAAAUAUGAACAAUGAAAUGCAAUGUGACAUUUAAAGAUGAAUGAAAUGUAAUCAAGCAUGAUGAGGAAUAAUAAAUGGGGUAUGCAUUGUGUCAUUAAUUGGCUUUUCAUGUCUCAAUACGCUGGAGGAUUGUGAUGAUCUAAAUAAAUCAAAAAUGAUGUAUGAAUGUC